CUGUAGUUUACCGCCACAGGACUCCAGUGUGUGGCUUUAGGGAAACACCGUGUAGUUUUCAGCCACAGGACUCCAGUGUGUGGGUUUGGGGAAAGACUGCUCCUGUAGUUUAUGGGGGAUAUGAGGUCAGAGAGCCGCGCCUCCUGAGAAGCAGAAGCAGGAGAACACGGCACUACACUGCAGCCUCUCGACCGGCCAUGGAGUGGCUCUGAAAAACUGAGGGAAAACCAGCUAGAGAUCCGUAAAGCUUUCUCGUUUCGGUGCGAAUCUUCGUUUUAAAUUGGACCUGCUGAAACUAAGCUCCAAGUGAACACUGGUUAACAAAGAAAGCAGCCAUGUCCGGCACCUAUAACGACUCCUUGAUCGACGUCUCCAGUGACAGCUUUUGGGAGAUUGGGAACUAUAAGAGGACCGUAAAACGAGUGGACGAUGGAAACAGGCUGUGUAAUGACCUGAUGAACUGCAUCCACGAGCGAGCCCGCAUCGAAAAGGCAUACGCACAGCAGCUCACGGAGUGGGCCAAGCGCUGGAGACAGCUGAUCGAGAAAGGACCUCAAUACGGGACAGUGGAGCGGGCAUGGUGUGCUCUGAUGACAGAGGCGGAGAAGGUGAGUGACCUUCACAUGGAGGUGAAAGCUGCACUGAUGGCUGAAGACUUUGAAAAGGUGAAGAACUGGCAGAAAGAUGCAUACCACAAGCAGAUGAUCGGUGGCUUCAAGGAAACCAAGGAGGCUGACGACGGCUUUCGAAAAGCUCAGAAACCCUGGGCCAAGAAACUCAAAGAGGUGGAUACGACGAAGAAAGUCUACCACACAGCGUGCAAGGAGGAAAAGCUGGCCACCAGCAGGGAGAACACUAGCAAACUAGAAAGCAACACCAACCCAGAGGCUCAGAAAAAGCUCCAGGACAAAGUAGAGAAGUGCCAACAGGAUGUACAGAAGACUAAGGAGCGCUAUGAGAAGUCUCUGGAGGAGCUGGAUAAGGUGACCCCUCAGUACAUGGAGAACAUGGAGCAGGUGUUUGAACAGUGCCAGCAGUUUGAGGAUAAGAGACUCAGCUUCUUCAAAGAACUCCUUCUGGAAGUCAAGCAGCAUCUUGACCUCUCUACUAAUCACAAAUUCCAGACUGUGUAUCAGAAUUUGGAAGACUCGAUCCAGGCAGCUGAUGCAGAGGAGGAUCUGAAAUGGUUCCGCUCAAACCAUGGCCCAGGCAUGCCUAUGAACUGGCCUCAGUUUGAGAAAGUGGACUUCUCGCGGCCACGCUUCCAUAAGAGAAAGUCCAUCAUAGAGUGGUCCAUAGACCUAAACCGCACACUGAGCCGAAGAGAAAAAAAGAAGCCAAGCGAUGAAGUGACCUUAACGGGCAUCAACCAAACAGGAGACCGACCAGCAAAGACCAAUAACAACAGCUUGGCUGUGCCCAGUAGCACAGAACCAGUGGGCUUAAAUCCAUUUGAUGAUGACGAUGAAGAAGAGGAAGAGGAGGAGGUGCCAGCUGUGCAGCCCAAAAGCAGCCCAGUCAAUGUGAAAAAAGAGGAAGUUAUUUCCAAAACUGCUAGCAGUGUGGAGAAGACGCAGGAUUGGUCAGAUGAGGAAACCGGGAACCCGUUUGGAGCAGACUCUAAUGGAAACGGGAAUCCAUUUGAGGAUGAGCCAAAUUCUCCAGUCAUCUCUGUACCUGUCAGGGCUUUGUAUGAUUAUGAGGGCCAGGAGCAGGAUGAGCUGAGCUUUAAAGCAGGUGAUGAAUUUACUAAAAUUGGAGAGGAGGACGACCAAGGUUGGUGCAAAGGACGCCUGAAAGACGGCACUGUGGGACUCUACCCUGCCAACUAUGUAGAGGACAUUCAGUGAGAGGAGAACAAGCAGGAUGGGCAGAGGAGAUUGAAGAGAAGCUACUCACUGUCUCACCCUAGUGGUGAAGGCUGGACUGAAUGCUGCAGUGUAGUGAAAGAAAGAAAUUCUGCAUUUUCACUCUUGUUCUUUCUUCAUAGGUGUCGCUCUAUUGCGCAGAUGUAGGAGUAGAUACCCCACAUGUCACCAUCUUAUCCAAGAGGUUCUUAGAUCUGCACAAAAGGGCGACUUCCAGCUGGCAUCUGUUCAAAUUUCAUAGCUGCAUAUCUGUUUGUGGAUGCCAGUAAAGUGGUGUUGCGAGGUGUAAUCAGUUUCACACCACAACGCUGUUUCAGCAAUCACAGAAUCUCAUUUUAAAUUGCUGAAUACAAUGUGCUGACAGACCUAGGAUGGAAUUCCUUAGUGCUGAGUGUUUGAUUGACGACAGUUAACUCUGAACAGAUCUGUUUCUUUUGGAUUUAGGGAAAAGGUGGAAAUUAAUUCUUCAAAUUCUAUAUUUAACAAUUUAGAAAGUAUUUUGCAUAUUUAGAAACUUUUGCAUUUAAGGAUUUCAUUGCUGCAAUUGUAUCGCUUAAGGCUAUGAGAGUCUGCUGUGUUUCCAUGCAGAAUUGAGAUGCGAAUUGAGUGUGGCCAUAUGGCCGUAUGGUGGGAUUAUUAUUCCAUGCUCUUAAAAGUAAAGUUGCUUCAAAUAGUUCUCUGAGUGAUGUCAUAGAAGAACCACUUAUAAAAGAACAAUUCAUUAAGAACUAUGGUUGUAAAAGAGGUGUGAGGCGUGCAGACCCUUUUAAAAAGGUCUGUAAAAGGUAUUGUAAAUUGUUGCCAGCUCAAAUGUACCUGCAUUACCUUAGUACAGCUACAGGGGGAGCUCUUCACACUGCAGACUGCUCAUGUGACCUAAUGAGAUUGGAGCUGUAGGAAGGUAGAGGUCUACAGUGAAUGCGCAUACCAAACUACUUCUAAUCCUGGGAAAUUAGUGCUGCCAACCUUUUGAAGACUUUAAACUAAUUUAGUAUCUUGGACAUAUCUGUUGGACAUAACCAACAGUGUUUUUGUCAGUAUUGUACAUCCCUAUCUGUAAUUGUGAUUUUAUUUUUUUAUCCAACCUAAACUAGUGCUUCUGUGAACCAGGUCUUCAAAUGUGGACCAUAAAUACAAAAUCCAUUUUCGAGAACAAAAUACAGGACUGGAAUGUAAUAGAACAACUUAAGCAAAUUAGUUGACCUACUAAGGAUUACAAAGUCCAGGACUGAAUUCAAAUCUGGUUUCAAAUAACUCUGUUGUAUAACAUUCCUCAAAGAACCAUUCAAAGACCCUUUAUUUUAUUUUUAAGAGUGUAGUAAUUUCUCCUAUGCUACACCCAUUAACAGUAAUAUAAGAAUAUGCAAAAUCACAAUCUUAUAACUAAGACUUCCACUGAUGGUAAUCAGGAACUAAGGAGAUUUUAUUUUCCAAAUUUUAGGUUUUAUGAUUUUAACUCGUGUGGAUGAAUGGAAAAUUAUUUUAAAUAGUUAUUCUUGAUUCUUAACUUAUUCUUGAUCUUAACAAGAAUCAAUCAGAAGGCCCAUACUGGUUAUCAGGGAUUAGCUGAUGGCUGAGGACAUUGCCAUAUACAUACAAAGCUUUCUUUGUGCAAUGCCAUAUACAAAUAACUUUUAAUUCAUAAAGAACCGUUUUUAAAAAAGUGUGUAAAAUCACUUUUACAAAACAUUAAGCUUGGUUCAAAAACAUUUAUAUUGACUUUAUACAUGGGUUAAAUCCUAUUGAAGGGUUCUUCUGUUUUCCAAAAAGAUUCUUGAUGGAACCAAAAGGGUUUGUUAUGAUCUCACUCAAAGAGCCUUUUGUAGCCCUUAUUUACAUUUCUUUCCUCCCCUUUUUAUGUGUUUUUGUAGGUGAUCCUAAUGGUGCCACAUUUAGUUUUACUCUUAAAAUCAAAGGUUCUAGAAAGCCUCAAAGAACAGUGCCAUAAAAUAAGUAUAUUUGUUUCCCUUGUGAAGAACCAAGUUUGGAACCUUUGUUUAUAAGAGUGUGUCAUUUGUAAAUUAUCGCUAGUCAAGUUGUAUCGUUUCACACAGUGUAGUAUUGGUUUGAGCUGGCCUUCACUUUGAUUCAAAUUUUAAUGUUUUCAAAUAGUUUUUUUGAGGGGGUUGAGGAGUAUUUCACUUGAAGUUAGCUUUAUUCUUUAGUCUGCACUGGACAGUUCACAUAAUCCACAUGGGAGGGCGAAUUCAUACACUUUUUAGUACAAAAAAACAGAUGCCAGUCUUCAGCCUUUGUGCGUGUAUCUUGCAGUUAACAUAAGAACAAAAUAGGCAUUCAGAUAAUUAAUAAAUAAAUAAAUGAGGUGAUGGUGAUGAGUGCUGCAGUUUUAGAAUUCAGACUGUUAAUUUAUAAAACAAAAUGCCUUAAAUGCUUCACCCUUUGCCCAUGGACAAAUGCUGUGAUUUAUGCUGAUUGAGAACCAGAAUGUAUAGUGAUUGAGCAUUUAUGUGGCGUAUGAAUGUCAUGAAUUUAUUGUUUUUGUUACAUUUGUAUAUAUGAAUUGUAGUUCUUUCUUGCAGAUGGUCAUAUAGUUAUUAUUUAGGCACACAACUAUCAGUACACAGUAGGACACAUUGUUUUUUCUUCAUUCUCUUCUUUCAGAGUUUGCCGGUGGUUAACUCAUCACGGCCUGUUCACGUUCACUGAUGGCAGUUAUAUUGUUAAUGCCAUCUCAGGGGGGACAAAAGCAAACCUUUAAUUGUACCAGAGUUUUGCUGUAACUGGCACAUCUAUUAACUUUGACUUUUAUUUUGUUACAUUAUUGCAGCAGCUGUGCUCACGCAGUGCACUUUGUUCAGUUUGUCACUCUGCAGUUGGCAAAUAAAAAGAUUUCAUCUAA